AUGGCUGAAGUUCAACUACAUCAAUCAUUACUUAGUUUUGAUCAAGUUCCUGAACUAUUUGAAACAUCCAUAACACCUGAUGCCAUUCUUCUGAAAUUCGGAAAAAAUUGGAAGUUGCGAAUAGCUGUCUUGUUGUGCUCGCUAUCAUGGGCUUUAGGAGCGACAUCACUCAUGACAAGCGCAUUUUUUGCCCUAGAUAGUCAGCACACAAACACUUCCAUGAUUACGAUUGUUGAUGAAUUUGAUCUGAGAAAUGAUAAAGCUUAUCUGGCUGAUUGGGGAACUUCGGCAUUCAUGAUUGGAAACAUGCUUGGUGGAUCAGUACUAUCCCAUCUAUCAGAUCGAUUUGGACGAAAGCCAGUAUUCAUAUGCUGUACUUUACUGCAGUUCCUAACGGCCAUGGCAGCAUCAUUUGCAUCUGAUAUGUGGAUUUUCACAUUCUUCCGUGCUUGUCAUGGAGCAACCUACUUGGGAACGUCAUUGAUUGGAUGGGUUUUGGCUUAUGAGCAUUCUUCCAUAGACUUCCGUCCAUAUACAACUCUAUUCUUCGGAUUAUCCUGGGUUCUCGGAUAUUGCUUGGUGGCACCGCUGGCUUAUUUCGCACCCACAUGGAGAUCUCUCAUAAUGCUAUCAGUCUCUCCACUACUACUGUAUGCCGUUCUAGGAUUCUUAUUUGUACCGGAGACACUUCAUUUCCUUGUUUCCAAAAACAAAAUGGACCGAAUCGAUCAAUUCAUACGAUCAAUCGAUAAAACCUUGAAUUUGCAUAUUGAGCUGCAGCUGUUGGAGAAACAGCAUUUGAAAGAAAGCUCUGAAAGUGACGAAGUCUCAUUCAUAUCUGAAGUUUGGCACCACAAGAAGUUCAUUGUAUACUGUCUCGUGCAGCUAUAUCUGUGGACAUGUGAUAACUUCAUUUACUUCGGAUUAUCGUUGUACAGCACUCAAUUAGCUGGAAAUGUUUAUUUGAAUUACAUUCUUAUGGGUGUUGUAGAACUUCCGGCUUAUGUAUUCGUUCCCUACUCACUUGAUAAAUUUGGACGUAAAAUGGUUGUUAUAGCAUCUCAUUUGAUUGCAGCAAAUUGUUUUCUGUUGUUACUUGUAUUGCCAGAAAACCACUGGUUUGGAUUAUUAUGUUGGUUUAUUGGCAAGUUCGCAAUCUCCUGUUCUUUCAUGUCCUUAUUCGUCUAUGCAAGCGAAGUGUUUCCCACCAACAUUCGUAACAUUUCAAUCGGAUUGUGUUCGGUUCUAUCUCGUAUUGGAGGAAUCAUGGCUCCUUACGUUCGAUUACUGGCAACAUAUUCAACCAGCUUGCCGACACUAGUCUUCUUCACAAUGUCAUUGAUAGCUGGCCUGAAUCCAAAGAUCUUCUCCAUGAUAUGUUGUUGUCUAACAUCCUUAUAUGUAUUUCUUCUUCAAAAUUCCAAAUGA